CCUAUCUCUCACAUCAACGGCCGUGAUCCGCAGUCGUGAGCCACUAAAUCUUUAAAUAAUCAACCAUGGCCGAUGACACCAACGCCGCCUGGCCCAUCGCCGAUGAGGCUCUCUCUCAGCAGCUCCUCGACCUCGUUCAGUCUGCCACCCACUACCGUCAGCUGAAGAAGGGUGCUAACGAGACCACCAAAACCCUCAACCGCGGUACUUCGGAGCUCGUUAUCCUCGCUGCCGACACCACCCCCCUCCCCAUCAUCCUGCACCUGCCGCUCCUCUGUGAGGACAAGAACGUACCCUACGUCUACGUGCCCAGCAAGCUUGCCCUGGGUCGUGCGACCGGUGUUUCCCGCCCCGUUAUUGCGGCUAGCAUCACCACCAACGAGGCCAGUGAUCUGAUGCCCCAGAUCCGCGCCAUCAAGGUGCAGGUUGAGCGCUUGAUGAUCUAGAUGUUAUUUGCUAUUGAUGGGUUCUCCGGGCUAGAGUGGGCUCCUGAGAUCUGAAGGGCAUGGAGCGACAUGGGAGAUCUGGUGAUGAAUGUCUGAUCCGCGUUAUGCUCUCCUCUGCUUUUGCCUCCUGGGCCUUUUGUUAGGUUGUGGGAGUAGCUAGAGUCAGGCUGCUUAGUGAAUCAAGG